GACACUGAAAUGUCAGUCCGUCAGUGUACGUGCGACUGUUUACAGAAAUCCUAGAAUUAAAACAGUUUCAAAAAGCUUUAAAAAGAAAAGCUAAAAUGGACAAUUGUGAUUUGGAGAAGCUUGCAAUUUCGGGACAGACGUUGCAGCCUGCGUUCAAAGCAGAUGUAACAAUUUAUCAAGUUACUGUUGCAAGCGAUGUCGACCAGGUUACAUUGGACCUGCUCACAAGUGACUGCGGAGCCUGUUAUAAAAUCCGUUGUGGUGAUGGCUCAAAGUCCAUCAAACUGAAUGAUGGAUUGAAUUUGGUUGAAAUAGAGGUGGUAGCCGAGGAUGGCACCUCCAAAAAAUAUUGCAUUGAGGUCACCAAACUGUCUGCGAGAACUGCAGAGUUGAGUGACCUUACAAUUGAAGGAAAUGUUCAAUUACAACCUACAUUUUCGGCAAACAUCUAUGAUUACUCAAGCACAGUUCCUUUCUACUGUAACUCUGUGACCAUACUGCCCAAAGUUCCUGAUAAAAACAUGAACGUUUCAGUGAAUGAAGAAAGUGAUUCCCAACCUUCUCCAUUGACUGUUGGAGAAACUGUCGUCAGUAUCAAGGUCUUAUCAGCAGAUGGCAGCAAUUCUCAGAUGUACUAUGUGUUGGUGAUGCGAGAGCAGCUUCCCAUGGCUGUGUCUUUCUGUGACGUGAAAGAGCAGGUGUACUAUGAGUGCCCUGUCACUCUGACGGCCCUCUACAGACCUAUAUCCAUCAACCAAAGUGAUCCACAGCACCUGUUCUCAGCCCCCUACAUUGACAUGCUGGCGAGAAGGUCGAAGGUCGACCCGCUAAACGAGUGUCCCCUCGGAGACAGCUGGAAGGUUCUGGAACACGACCUGGACAAGACCAUGUCUUCUGCCCUGGUCAAGUGCUUCUUUGCAUACCGAGGAUGUGAGAGUGUGAUGAAACUGGCUGAAGUGGGGUCACAUGCACUGGAGUGUCCACACAAACCCUCAGCGGACCUGGACCAAAAGGACGUCACUGAGACAAGCUGGUACAAGAAGCAUUUUGCAUCCUCGACCUGCUUGGAGAUAGAGACGAAACACACCUUGGAGGUGCAUAACUGGGAGAAGAGACUACAAAAGGCAAUAGGACAGGAUAAUGUCGAUAAUCUGUGUUACCUGGCCCAAGACAAUCUGAAACUCUACAGAGAGCGUCUGCCCAAACCAGGUGACCUGCUGCAGUAUGAGGAUGGUCAGUCUCCUCUGGACUGUCUGGAGCAGGCUGCUGUCUAUUAUGCCUCAGCCAUCAAGCUGAAGCCACGAGACCCCAGACUCCACUUCCUCCUGGGGCUGGCCCUGGAGGAGCAACACUAUGCAGCAGAGAUGUAUGGACUGAGGAGGAAAGCUGAUGGGGACGUUGAGGACCUAAGCAGUGCCAAGUCCACGGCGCGUCAGGAUGACAUCCUGGCUGUGUGUAAGCUGCAUGGCUUCCCUGGCACGCCUACCCUGGAGAACCAGCUACAGGCCCUGGACACAGAGUACCACCAGUUGAAAGAGCAGGGCCAGUCGGGCAAGGCAGACUACAUCCAGACCCUGUUCAUCUUCCUCUCCAAGAAGGCAGGCAAGGAUGGCAGUGUGGGCGUUGGGGACGAAGAGAGCUGUAUUCACCGGGCCCUGCUGAAGUACCUGGAUGCCUGGUCACUGAACCAGGACUUCUGGGAGUACAAUCUCCACGUGGGGCGUAUGCUGCUGCUGCAGAAGAGGAACACGGAGGCACUGCAGCACCUGCAGACCGGGCUGGCCCUGCGGCCCUCACAGCCAGCACUUAGGUUCUUCACAGGUCUGGCUCUACUGCUACAGGAGGAAGCCUCAGAGGCUGUGGAGAAGGAGGCAGCCCUGUUUUUACAACAAGGCCUGGAGCAUGUUAUAGCACAGUACUGCAACACGGAGAACAACUACAGUGGUUUGGAGCAGAGCGUGACCGACCCUCUGUCCAGUGUGAGAACACAGUUCCUGCGUGGCUGCCUCACCCUUGGUGCCCUCCAACAGAAGAACACUCUCUCUCAGAAGCCAAUGAGCGCAGAGCAGGUCUAUCAUACUGUUGUGGUGCUGGCAGCCCGAGGUGUGUGUCGGUGCGUGUGUCGGGACGAGGUGUCCCAGCAGCUGGAGUGGGUGUUGCUGGAUGCCCACUUUGCCCUCCUCCAGAGCCUCAUUCAGCAAAAGAAGGCUGCUGGGUUGACCCAGGGUCAGGGCAAGCAGGGAGAGACGGAGAGACAGGCCUGGGUGGCCAAGAGGUGUCAGGCACUCACAGGUCUGAUCCGCCUCACCUCCAUCCCCGCCUGCAGGGAGCUGCUGGACAUGCAGGAGAAGGUCUGCCAGGUUGCCGUGGUAACGACUCCUCGUGACAGCCACGCGCUGUGUCUCCUGGGGCUGGCCCAGCUGGCUCAGUGUGACAACGAUCACGGCUCCCAGAGAUCAGAAGAAGGAGCCAAUGCCAACGCCUGCCUCAGCUUCCAGGCAAGCAUCGAACUGGAGGACAAGCCUCAGAGCGGAGAGCCACCCACACAGCUCACCAAGCAGCAGUGGUGGCAGGACAGGCUGGCAGCAGACAAGGAGACAGGCAGCCAGGGAGCGGGCGGGGGUGGCUCUGGGCCUUCUGACACUGCAGCGGCUGCCGGGAGAGGAUGUGGGCGUGGCUUGGGAGCUCCUGCUAGAGGUGGCACUGCGGCUGCAGCCAAGAACCCCACAAGAGGAGGCAAGACUGCCCCUCCAGCCAAAAACACCCCCUCUACUGCCCCUCCAGCCAAAAACACCCCCUCUACUGCCCCUCCAGCCAAAAACACGCCCUCUACUGCCCCUCCAGCCAAAAACACUGUCUCUCCAGCCAGCAGGGGGCAAGGUGGAACAGCCAAAACUCCUGGCCCGGCCAAGCCCAGCAGUUCCAAGACCCAGCUCAUCUCCCCCAGCAAGUCUAAACCAGACUGCUCCCCAAGCCCAGCCAAACCUGGGCCCACAGAAGAGUCAGCUGUGGCAGAGAGCGGCAACGUUCUCCCCAAAGCUCUGUUGAACCGUCGAUCCCAUGCCCCUCGCCUCGGCUUGGCCCGCGCCCUCUCCCGCUCCGCAGACAGCCACGACCAGGUACGCAAGCUCUACCAGGAGGUCAUCACCAUGGCACCAGAGGUCCACGAUGCGUACAUUGAGCUGGCAGAGAUGCUGGGGGAGUCAGACCCCCUGGCUGCUGUAGAGGUGUACUGUCGGUUCCCCCUGAAGCCCGUCUCAGAGCAGAACUUUGACGACGCCUUCAUCACUGGAGAGAUCGUACGCAUCCUGAUGAAACAAGGCCUCUACGAGCACCCAGAGCUGGGACACAACCUCAUCGCCUACGGGAAGGUCAUGGGCCUGGGUUGCCUUGAGAAAUACAUCGACAUCCUUGAAGGGAAGUUCAUGAGCAGCCUUCUAAAGAGAGUGUAUGCUGGGAUCCAUGAGAAAUCAGUGGAAGACAAGGAUCUGCAGGACUUCUUCAAGUUCAAGUGCUGGAUAUGAAUUUUCCUUUCAUAAAGAGAGACGGGCUGUUUAUUCCUUGAUCAAAGUAUGAAUGUAUCUCUUUAGACCUAUAGACUAGUCACAUCAUCUUUAGACCAAUCGGCUAGUCGACAGAGUGAAACAUCUGUUAAUCUACUUCAUCACCCUCCCGGAUCCGGGAUCCUCCUCAUCAAAAAAGCUGACUAGCAUAGCCUAGCCUAACGGGACAGGGAUAUCAUAUAAUAUAAAUUUCAUGAAAUCACAAGUCCAAUACAGCAAAUGAAAGAUAAACGUCUUGUGAAUCCAGCCAUUAUUUCUGAUUUUUUAAGUGUUUUACAGCGAAAACACAAUAUAGAAUUAUAUUAGCUUACCACAAUAGCCAAACACACAAACGCAUUUAUUCACCGCAAAGGUAGCUUUCGCAAAAACCAGCAAAAGAUAUAAAAUGAAUCACUAACCUUUGGACAAAUUCAUCAGAUGACAGUCUUAUGUUAUACAAUACACUUAUGUUUUGUUCGAAAAUGUGCAUAUUUAUAGCUACAAAUCCUGGUUAUACAUUGUGAAUACGUAGCAACGAUUCACCAGAAUCUCCGGAGAUAUUUUGGACACUCACCUAAUCUGACCAAAGAACUCAUCAUAAACUUUACAUAAAAAUACUUGUUGUAUGGCAAAUGAAAGAUACACUGGUUCUUAAUGCAAACGCUGUGUUAGAUUUUAAAAAAUAACUUUACCACAACAUACAGCUUGGGUUAUUGUGAGACAGCGCUCACCAACACGGCGGAGAAUAGACAUCAACAUAUUACACAGAAAUACGAAAUCACAUCAUAAAUGUUGUCUUACUUUUGCUGAGCUUCCAUCAGAAUGUUGUACAAGGAGUCCUAUUUCCAGAAUAAAUCGUUGUUUGGUUUUAGAAUGUCCAUUUCUUCUGUCGAAUAUGCGCCACAAUGCUAGCCAAGGUUGCUAACAUUCCCAUCCUCUCUUGGCACAAAGAACGGAAAACUCGAAAAGUCCCAAUAAACGUUGAAUAAACUGAUAAAACUCGGUUGAAAAAACCUACUUUAUGAUGUUAUUAUCAUAUGUAUCAAAUAAAAUCAGAGCCGGAGAUAUUCGCAGUGUAUACCGAACGCUUUUCAGAAGACAAUGUCGAGGUCCCUCGCGCGCCGUCGAAGACAAAGAAAAUACUGGACCUGUCACUCCAAAAGCUCUUGUUCGGCCUCAGAUCAAGCUAGACACCCCAUUCCACCUUCCACUGCCUGUUGACAUCUAGUGGAAGGCGUAUGAAGUGCAUACAUAUCGAUAAAUAAAAGCCAGUUGAAUAGGCAGGCCCCGAAACAGAGCCUCGUUUUCAGAUUUUUCACUUCCUGUACGGAAGUUUGCUGCCAAAUGAGUUCUGUUUUACAGAUAUAAUUCAAACAGUUUUAGAAACUUGAGUGUUUUCUAUCCAAUAGUAAUAAUACUAUGCAUAUUGUAUGAUCUAGAACAGAGCACGAGGCCGUUUCAUUUGGGCACAAUUUUUUCCAAAGUGAAAACAGCGCCCCCGUAUUGACAAGAAGUUUUAACAAUAAGAUUACCUUUAAAAUGAUAUAAGACACAUGAAUGUCUCAGGAAUUUUAAUUAUGAUAUUUCUGUUUUUUGAAUUUGGUCCCCUGCACUUCGACUGGCUGUUGUCAUAUCGAUCCCGUUAACGGGACUGCAGCCAUAAGAAGUUUUAAGGAUUCACAUGUGAGGCCAUGUGCUAAACAGAGUGAGUGAGGUGGUGUAGUAAACAACCAAAGAUUUCAAGACUAAAAGUGGUGAAGUAGUAGCCUACAAUAAAUAAAAACUCCAGGUUAAAAUACACUUUAUCUAGUCCUUGGCCUUUUUCCUAAUCUGACUUUGGUGCAGGUCGUGUUGUUCUUCACAUGACUGCCUGGUAAAACACCCAUUAUAUCAAAUACAUUCAAAGUGUAUUUAUCACAUGCACAGGAUACAGAAGGGGUAGACAAUACAUGGUUAUUUGCAUAGUAGCACUAUCAAAUAUAGAACGUGUCCAGGUAAAUAUUGUAUGAAUAUUUUAUAAUUAUUAGAUGAUUCUUACCCAGACACACGUGUCUAAAUUGAUGGGUCAUGUGAAGGAAAUGCUAUAACCACCCCUCCGCCACAUCUAACUAAGUGGAUGGGUCACUAUUGUCUAAGUGAAGUUUUAGCUAAACAAUUAACCUAACAGUGCUUUGAAGACAACUGAGAACUUGGAAAAAUAUGAGGUCAAAUCAUGGUCGGAAAUCCGGGACUCUAGAAAGAGGCCCAAGUUCCCGAGUUGGAAUUCCAAGUGGGAUGACAAUUCAAAAUGAUUUUUUCCCCGGCAGGUUAAAUGUUAGCUAGCUAGCUAACAUUAGGCUAUAACUAGCAAUUCAAAUAGCUUUCGGAGAUAAAAAUAAUAUUACUACCCAGAUCAUACACAUAACUUUAGCUAGCGAGCUUCUUCACUUUUACUUGGUACUCAUCCCGGAUCCGGGAGCACCCUCAUCAGUAAAAAAGCUGACUAGCAUAGCCUAGCAUAGCACCACAAGUAAAUACUAGCAUCUAAAUAUCAUGAAAUCACAAGUCCAAGACACCAGAUGAAAGAUACACAUCUUGUGAAUCCAGCCAUCAUUUCUGAUUUUUAAAAUGUUUUACAGGGAAGACACAAUAUGUAUUUCUAUUAGCUAACCACGAUAGCAAAAGACCCAACUUUUUUUUCUCCACCAUUUUUUUACUGCAUAGGUAGCUAUCACAAAUUCGACCAAAUAAAGAUAUAAAUAGUCACUAACCAAGAAACAAUUUCAUCAGAUGACAGUCUGAUAACAUAUUUAUUGUAUAGCAUAUGUUUUGUUCGAAAAAUGUGCAUAUUUCAGGUAUAAAUCAUAGUUUUACAUUGCAGCCACCAUCACAAAAUCUCACCAAAGCAGCUAGAAUAACUACAGAGACCAAUGUGAAUUACUUAAAUACUCAUCAUAAAACAUUUAUGAAAAAUACACAGAGUACAGCAAAUGAAAGACAAACAUAUUGUGAAUCCAGACAAUAUUUCAGAUUUUUUAAGUGUUUUACAGUGAAAACACAAUAUAGCAUUAUAUUAGCUUACUACAAUAGCCUACCACACAGCCCCAUUCAUUCAACAUAACGUUAGCGAUAGCUAAUAAACCAGCAAAAGAUAUACAUUUUUUCACUAACCUUCUCAAACUCCAUCAGAUGACAGUCCUGUAACAUCAUAUUACACAAUACAUAUAUGGUUUGUUCGAAAAUGUGCAUAUUUAGCGGCACAAAUCAUGGUUAUACAAUGAGAAUAGUAGCCAAAACUGCAAACAAAAUGUCGGGAGAAAUCUUGGGAGAGGCACUAAUCAAUAACUCAAUAACUAAUCAUAAACUUGACUAAAAAAUACAGGUUGGACAGCAAAUUAAAGAUACAUUAGUUCUUAAUGCAACCGCUGUGUAGAUUUUUUAAAUUAACGUUACUACGACAUACAGCGUACGUUAAAGCGAGGCCGCGCCGAAAUUAAUGGCGGAAUAAUAGUUUAACAUUUUUGACACAUAUACGAAUUAACAUCAUAAAUAGUUCUUACUAUUUGAUGAGCUUCCAUCAGAAUCUUGUACAAGUUGUCCUUUGUCCAGAAUAAUCGUUGCUCGGUUGUAGAUUGUCGUCUUCAACUUUGGAAUUAGCAGCAAACAUUAGCCAUGUGGCGCAGAUGUGUCCAAAUCCCCAGAACGCAGCACAAAGAAAAUACCCAAAAUCGCAAUAUACUGAUAUAAACUGAUAUAACUCGGUUUAAAAUAUCUACAUUAUGAUGUUUUUAACACGUAUAUCGAAUAAAAUCAGAGCCGGAUAUAUCUAACGCCUAUAACAACAGCUUUUCAGAACGCAAUCCUGAGGUCUGUCUCGCGCAAUGACGAACGUUGAAAAGACUGCACCCCCGGUUCCAAGAGCUCUUGUUCGGCCUCAUAUUUACCUAGACACCCCAUUCCAAUUCUCACUGCUUACUGACAUCUAGGGGAAGGCGUAUGCAGUGCAUGUAGACCCAUAGAUUACAUGCAAAUUAAUAAACUGACCCUGGAACAGAGCCCCCGAUUUCAGAUUUCUCACUUCCUGACAGGAAGUUUGCUGCAAAAUGAGUUCUGUUUUACUCACAGAUAUAAUUCAAACGGUUUUAGAAACUAGAGAGUGUUUUCUAUCCAAUAGUAAUAAUAAUAUGCAUAUUGUACGAGCAAGAAUUGAGUACGAGGCAGUUUAAUUUGGGAACGAAUUUUUACAAAGUCGAAAUGGCGCCCCCCUAAUGAGAAAAG